AAGUGUUUAAAGAUGGAGGUCGCCGGCCUAUCUCUGGCCGGGGGUGCAACGUUUUCAUGCACAUAUCUUUUAAUACGACGUAUUUUGUUGUUAGCUUUCAGUCAUAAAAUAUCUACCGACAUCUUAUGUGACCUGAGUUUAAAAAUUGUGUCUAGUCUGCAGGCCAUUGCUUCAUUUACUAUUGGAAAUAUUAUAGCCACAGCAUGCCAAGGAAACAUAAUGAUAGAUAGACACUGGUUGACCAACAGUUAUGCUGUCUUUGCCUUGCCAUACUUUGUAUAUGAUGUUGCUGCCAUGUAUGAGGUUCAUUACCACCAAUAUAAAGAAAUUCAAAAGAAGCCCUUGUUGUUUGGAAUUCAGCAUUUCUUAAGAAGAAACAAAGCCAUGAUGAUACAUCAUUUGGUCCUGCCAAUUAUUUUUUAUCCAGCUAUAAUUCUUUUGAGAAAAGGCUAUGGAGAUUUUUUUGUUGGUAUAUUUUAUCAGAUAGAGUUAGCCAUUCCAUUUAUAGUAUUCAGAGGAGCACUUGCAGAGCUGAACAUGAAAGAUACAACAUUGUAUGUCAUAUCAGGAUUACUUAUGAUAGUAACAUUCACCAUUACCAGAGUGGCAGUGUUCCCAUAUCUUUACUGGAAGUAUAGUAUACAUGCAAAUAUUUCCUUCUGGGAGGUCCCAUUGAACAUUCCAAUAAAAUGCAAUGCUGGCUGUCUUAUAAUUCUAGUAUUACAAGUGUAUUGGUUAGCUGUUAUGGUAAGAGGAGCUGUCAGAGUGUUUUACAAGAUGUAUAUCAGAAGAAUAUCAAAUAAGUCUUCAACAGAAUAAGUUUCAGGGAUAUUGUUUUUGUUAUGAAUUAUUGUGAUUUAUUUACCAUGUCUACAUUAUUAUUUUUCUAGCAGUUUUAUCCUGUUACUAGCUAUAUAUAUAGAUCUGGAGUAAUUCUUAUUGUACAGACAUAAAGUGUGUUGGGUUUUAUUGUGGUAUGAAUGGUUUCUACUUAAAAAAGCAAG